AUGGCGAUGCCAUCGCGUGCUAUCAGAAUCAUCAAGGUGCCCUCAGACAUUGGUUCCGUGUAUUCUGGCAAAUCGCGGGCUCCCACAGCCUUCAGACGUGCUGGUCUGCACGAGAAACUUGGAGCCGCGGGCUGGCAAAUCGCAGAAUCAACCGCCCUGCCCAAUGGUCCUGUUGGAUGGUCGCCGAGCGGACGGGACCCAAAUGGAGCGCGGAAUGAAGCGGCCACUGUCGCCGCUUGCGAGCAAGUUCGACAAGCGAUCGGAAAUGAUUUAACUGUCGACAACGAUGAGAAAGGCCAAGCAUGUCGUUUCCAAUUGAUCCUUGGUGGCGAAUGUCUCUAUUGUCCAGCAAUCAUGUCAGCAUAUUGGCACCAUCUGGAAGGGACGGGGAAACGUAUAGGCAUCGUUUAUAUGGACGCUGAUUGCGACUUAUACACCCCGAUGGAAUCCAACUCAUCGGGCAACAUCGCCGGAAUGACACUGACGCAUCUGACGUUACGCGAAGGAGCACUCGAGAGCAUGCAGAAAUUUUCUCGUGCUGACGGCUCUGCUGUCGUCGAUAACACCAAUAUCGUCCUCUUCGGCCUGAAUAUUGACUCGGUCGCCAACAAACGAGAGCACUUGGGCUACCUGUUUGACAACAGUUUCCGCGUCUCUACCUCUCGAGUAGUCGAGGCUGCGCCACGCGAACAAGCACAGGCAGCAUUGAAAUGGCUGGAAGAUAGUGUAGACUUUGUCAUCCUCCACCUAGACGUGGAUGUGAUAGAUCCCGGAGUCUUCCCUUUGGGCAAUGUUCCAAGCUGGACGGGUCUCAGAUUUGAAGCGGCCAUGUCUGCGGUCAAGACGUUCUUGAGCAGUGAGAAGACUGUCGCACUCAGUAUUGCCGAGGUGAACCCUGAUCAUGACCCGGGUCUAAGCAUGACGAGCCGACUCAUCGACCAGGUCGUUGAUGGUAUGAACAGUAGGAUGCCAUCUCGAGCUUGA